AUGUUGGGAUGUAGAGCAUCCACAAGUAGUCGGAUACGAACAACACUAAUCUUAUCAUUCUUUUGGAUUUUCACUCUUUUAAAAUACACCCAUUCACAAUCAACUACGACGAAAACGAAAUACACCACUAUAACACCAGGGCGAUACGGUCAUUGUUCAGUAGCAUGGAAAAAUGAAUUGUACGUGUUUGGUGGUUGGGACAAUUAUACAGACGAUCAAGGAGUUUCGACACCUUUUUUCUAUUCAACUACAAUUCCACUAAAUGUCAACAGCAACAUAACCUGGACAUUUCUAAAUACUGAGAAUGCUGUAAACGUUGGGUCGGCGGCAUGUGUCGUCACACCUCAAGGAUAUUUGUUAGUCCUGGGAGGAAUGGUUUCCUUAAAUUCUACAAAUGGAAAAGUUUCAACGCAGGUUUAUGAUUUGAAUCAACAUGUUUGGAUAGAUUGGAAAAAUGUUAUGGAUAAUUCAUAUCCGGGGUUUGGAAUUAAUCCGAAAGCUGCGUUCAUCUCAAAUAAUAUUUUGUUGAUUUAUGCGGGAAAUACCGGUGUGAAUGAGGACCAAAAAAAUUCACCCGUUCAGUUUAUUUAUUUUUUGAAUGUGACAAAGAUACCGUGGACUUGGACUGAAGUACGAAAAAAUGUAAGAGCGCAACGAUAUUUCAUUGCUAUAUAUGGCACAGCACAUUCUUACAAAUUUCUCAUAUUUCAGCAAACAAUCAACGCUCCAGUUUCCAACAUAAUAGCAUCAGCAAAAGGAAAUGCCUGGUUGCUUGGUGGAUAUUUUCUCAACGAUGUCGGGAGCAUUCUUGGGUACUCGCCAAAAAUAUGGGUUUCUAAUCGACAUAAUCAAUGGGUUUCCCCGAAUAUCACGCUUCCCUACGGAAUACGUGAUGGCGCAAUAGGCGUUAACAAGGAUACGUUAUUCAUUGUUGGAUUUUCUGGAAUUCAAAAGAACUCAUCGGUGAAUGUGUUUCCAUUAAAUCUUGCAAAGAUGCGAUUCGAAGAAAAUAUUACUUUCUCGCUGAAGAGUAGAUCUGGAGCGUCGUUUGUUCAGUUUCCUGGGUCGGAUGCUGUUUUGAUAUAUGGUGGCUGUGCCAUUACGGAUUCAGUGACGAUAUGUAGCACUCCAUUUAAUAGUAUCCUAAUCUUUAAUAUGACAACACGAACAUGGACCACUGAUUAUAACAUCGUGACAAACAGUCAACUAACAUUCGCAACAAUAACUUUUUGCCAAAAACGAAUAAAAAGUCCAGCCUGGCAUCUCGACAGUAUAAUUCGACCAUCACGAUUUUCACGAUUCUCAUGGCAACAACGAUCCAACAACCACCCAAUAUCCGCGUCAAAUCACGGGACACGAUCGAAUUCCCCCAGUUUUCAGUCUGGUGGCGGUAGUGUUUCGUUAGCUGGAGAUACGAAAAUUCCUCAUGAUUCCGAUCCUAGGAAAAGAAAUUCACAGUUCCUGAUCGUGCCGAGUAUUCAUGUUGAGGAUGAAAAACAGGAACAAGAAGAGGAAAACAAGGAUGUGUCAGGGAGUAAGACCGAAAAUUACACUUGGGUUGAUGGAAAAUUAACGUCACAUCGUAGAGCUACUUGUGAUAUAAUUAUUUAG